UUUCGAAGUUCCAAAUCUGGACUAUAAGGGCCGGCUAAGCGUCCUUUAUUCCGCCCCGGAGACUUUUCGUUUAUCUAGCUGUCCUAGAGACCAAAGAGCUAGGGAGAGUACGCCCCUUCCCCCCCUCCCCGCCCGGCAGCCAAGCCUGGCUUAAAAGCCUUCGCCACCGGGCGGCGGAAUUACAAAGGAGGCCGUCUGGCUCCUUUGUCCUGGAUUUGGGAGUUGAGCGCCUUCGUCGCCAUUGGCUUUCCUCCCCCAGCUCCAGCCUCUCACAUCUUGGGAAUCUGCGUCAGAAGUCACUCGCAGUCCCGCCGGCCCAGGUAGCCCAGCCGAGACUGCGGAGGAAGGGAGGCCGCGGUGGGAGGCCAGGCCCAUCUGGCGCCAUUUCCAUCGGGAGCGCGCCCGACGGCCCAGAUCCUCCCGCCACCCAGCAACAAGCAUGAAAGCAGGCUACCAGCAAUUUUGAGAGCUUGCAGAAACGGCUUGCAAGGAAAAUGAAGUUCCCUAUUUUCAUAGCAGAUGCAUUCACAGCAAAAGCAUUUCAUGGGAAUCCUGCUGCUGUUUGCCUCCUAGAAAAUAAAUUGGAUGAAGACAUGCAUCAAAAAAUUGCAAAGGAAAUGAAUCUCUCUGAAACUGCUUUUAUCCAAAAACUACACCCAACUGACAACUUUACACAAAGUUCCUGCUUUGGAUUAAGGUGGUUUACACCAGUGAGUGAGGUUCCUCUCUGUGGCCACGCUACCUUGGCUUCUGCAGCUGUUCUGUUUCACAAAAUAAAAAACAUGAAUAGCACCCUAACCUUUGUCACUCUGAGUGGGGAACUAAAGGCCAGAAGAGAAGAGGAUGGUAUCGUCCUGGACCUGCCUCUUUAUCCAGCCCAUCCCCAGGACUUCCAUGAAGUGGAGGAAUUGAUAAAGACUGCCAUAGGUGACACACUGGUUCAGGACAUCCGCUAUUCCCCAGAUACCCGAAAGCUCCUGGUCCGGCUCAGUGAUACUUAUAACAGGUCAUUUCUGGAGAGCCUGAAAGUGAACACACAGAAUCUGCCGCAAGUGGAAAACACGGGGAAGGUGAAAGGACUCAUUCUCACCAUCAAGGGAGAGCCUGAUGGGCAGACUCAAGCGUUUGACUUUUACUCCAGAUAUUUCACUCCAUGGUUUGGUGUGGCUGAAGACCCUGUAACAGGGUCUGCACAUACAGUUCUCAGCAGCUACUGGUCCCAGCAACUGGGGAAGAAAGCCAUGCACGCCUUUCAGUGUUCCAGCCGGGGAGGAGAAUUGAAGAUUUCCCUGCGUCCUGAUGGACGAGUUGACAUCAAGGGAAGUGCUGCUCUCGUUUUAGAGGGCACGCUGACGGCCUAGACGCGCUUGUGCGCGAUGCUGCAAUCUUGACUUACUGAGUAUUUUCUGCGUAGAAAGAAAUGUAAGGGGCUGCUUUGAAUAAAGUUUGCAUAGUAGUCUACUUAAUCCUCACCUUAGACAUAGAACAACAAAGACAUAUUAAUGGAAAUUUAAUAAUGCUUCCUGACUAAUUAACUAAUGGAGUUUUGGCUCUACCUGUGAGUAUAUUUGAAAUGUAAGUAACCAAUAACGAAGAAUAAUGUUGUCACCUUUGAUUAUGAGCACCAAUCACAAAAUGAGGAACAAAUUUAUGAGGAGUAAGAUCAAACCAUUUAAACUUAGCUGUGAGUACCAGAUAGACUAUUUUGCACCCAUUGAAAAGACCCAAUAACUAUGAGGAAAUAUAAAAAAAAUUUCAUGAUACAAUACCAAGAAACAAAAUCACAGUAGAGUAUAAACUGUUAGCAAUGUUAUGCUGUGUCUGUGGAGAAUACGAAUUUAUAUGGACAAAGAUGGAUCAUGAAGAUAGUAAAGUGAAAAGAGUUCACGUGUGGAGGGUAAGAUUGGAGUAAUUUUAAUGUACCUAAAAAGUUAUUUUCUUCAUUGGAACACACUCAUGUUUAAUAACUAAAAAUCAGGACAUGUAACUAAAUAACUAAAAAGCCCAGAAAUUUUUAAAAAUGUAUGUGUGAUAGAGUGGUAGUAAAUUAAACAUGAAAAGUAAUAUCUUGCCUCUUUCCAAGUUCUUUUUGGGGUGGGAAUUCCCCUUGCUGUGGCUCCCAUGUAUUCUGCAAGUUAGGUGCCCAGCUGGGAUCUGAAUUCCCAGCCCAUGUGUCAUAUCUACUGCUCAGCAAUCUGAUGUGGUUGGUAAAAAGCAAUUUGCUGUCUCCUGUGUAUAAGACACCGGGCUAGAAGCUGGUGGGGUGGAGAGCUGGGGGCCAGGCUGCAAAGGAGAUUAGAGGGGACGCUUAUAGAGCUCUCAAGGGACUCUAACUGGGAAAACGAGGCUCAUCCUUUCAUGAAAAGAUAAUGAGCACUUGCACUGGUCUGUGAUUAGGGUCUACAUAUGGCAGACACUGAAUGCUAUGGCAUAGUCUGGGGAGUGUUGAAGGACAGGGCUUCGAAAGACUGGGGCAUGAGCAAGGCUUCAGAGAUGAAUGCACAUGGCAUGUCUGGGUUUUGUCUAGAGUUUCUACAUCUUGAAAGUAGUUAGCUUCUAUGGGGGCUGAGAGAAAUAAAAGAAAGUAAUUAUUAAACCUACA